AUGUUUAUACGUCGUGGUCCAGGUCAAGAUCCACAAUGUGCUGAUCCUUUAAUUAAUUCCGUAGAGAAAUUUCCGGAUAAAUCAUUUUCAUCUAGUAGUGUAUGGAAGAAUGCUACAGAUUUUCAACCAUUUCGUGCUAGUGCCAGUCAAUUCUUAAUUACCUUGAAAUUAGCCAAUUUCCGCAAAGUCCUUAAAGCUAAUAAUGAUCCAAGAAAUAUUGCUAGAACAACACUUGAUUCAGUGGUGAUUGCUAAACGUAUACGUAUUUAUCCGUAUAGUCAUCGAUCAAAACAACAAGUUUGUUUACGAUUUGCAUUGUAUGGAUGUGAUUUUCCAGAUGGUGUCCUAUCUUAUUCCAUGCCUCAAGGUGAUACAAUCACAUAUGGUAGACUAUUCUCAUUUAAUUCACUGUAUUCUUCUACUGCUACAACUUCUACUACUACCAGUAAUAUUCCACAAAAUUUUCAAGAUUUAACAUAUGAUGGUCAAUUGAUUGAAUUAGAAAAUCGACUAAUCGGUGGAUUAGGUCAAUUAAUGGAUAAUAUUGCUUAUCUGGGCAAUGUAACAACACACCAAUCAGAUUCAAAUCCAAUUCAACCAGGUUUUCAUUUUAUUGGUUGGAAUAUUCCAAAUAAAGAUUUACGUAUUAUUUUUAAAUUUGAUGAAGUACGAAAUUUUAUCUGGUUACGUAUAUUCACUUUUGAUUCAAUCCCAUUGAAAUCACGUGUUUUUGCCCGAGCUCUUGUUGAAUUCAGUAUGGAUGGUAAACAUUUUGAUAAAUCCAUUGAAAUCACCACUAAUCAUGCACGUGUCAUUGAUCCCAAUCAAAUUCAUCCAACACAAUUAUCUAUCAUAGCCAGCAGUAAUCAUAAUAAUCAUCUACAACCAUCGUCAGCAUCGUCUAGAUCCAGACGAACAUCCAAUGAUGUGUAUCAACAACAAGAUACCAUUAUUUAUAAUAAUCAUGAAUGGGAUGGUGCAUUAGUUGUACAAAUUCCAUUGGCUAAUUCUAAAGCACGUUAUAUUAGUUUAACAUUAACAUCCACUGAUUCAUGGAUUUUAUUAUCGGAAGUACAAUUUAAUUCAACUAUUGUACAAUCGUCGAAAUCUCUACUACCCUCAUCAUCAUCAUCAUCUAAUGAAGAGAUUAUUAACAGUGAUAAUAAUAAUAAUAAUAAUAAUUCUGAUGAUACAUCUCCGUCAUCAAAUAAAUUAUCAUACAAUACAAAUGACAAUACAUUUGGAUCUGCUUCGUCAACAACCAAUCAUAAUGAUCAUGCAGAUAUUUCAAAUCAAAAAGAUUUACGAAAUUUUAAUAAACCGCUAAUCAAUCCUAUUCAUAAUGAGAAAUUACUUAUAUCAAGUCAUGAAAUUCGUUCAGCUAAUCAUGAUGAACAAAAUCAUGAUAGAAAUGGAAAUUACCAUUCUAAAUCAUCAUCAGCAUCCGCGUCAGCGUCAGCGUCAAGCUCAUCAUCAUCACUGUCAGCUUCGUCAGGAUCAUCCACAACAACAACACACUUAUCACAAAUUAUUAUUAUUGUAUCUUAUAUACUUGGUGCCAUAUUAUCUUUAUUCAUUUUAUUCGCUUUCAUCAUCAUUGCACAUAAACGUUGUAAACAUUAUUUCCAUUUGAAACAUCCACAUCAUCAUCAAUGUUGUAAACAAUUGAACAUUGAAACUAAUCCAAUUUCUUCAACAAAUCCAUCGGGUGGAUUUUAUUCACCCAUCUCUUUAAUCACUGGUGGUACACCGCCUCAUCAUCAACAACAACCUUCAACAUUGUAUCCUCAUUCAGUAGUGAACAGUUUGUUGACAAUGAAUAAUAAUCCAGAAACUGUGAAACUUUUACAACAACAACAACAACACUCAUUACCACCAACACUACCUCCUCCUACAUUAUCACCGAACAGUAGAAUAACACCAGCAACUACUACUACUACUACUAAUACUACAACCAAUAAUUAUGUACAUACUACUAAUAAUAGUAAUAAUGGUGGAAAUAUUGGCAAUAGUAGUACUGCUGCUGCCGGAUGUGGCGGCGGGGGCGUAAAUGCUGCUGUUCUACAUCAUCCAACGAGUAUAUUACAAUAUACUAUGAAUCAUACUAAUAAUUUAACUACAGACAACAAUUCAAUCCUUGUAAAUAAUAGUAUUAGUAAUAAUAAUGGAUUUUUCAAUAAUAAUAACAAUUCGAUAUGUACCAAUCAUGUUGGAGUUGGUGAUUUAAACAAAUUAGAUUAUUCAACUAUUAUUGGUCAAUCAUUACUUCCUCUUCCUCCUCCUCCUACUCACCCUGCUCCACUUCCUUCAUUGCCAACUGGUUUAUUUAUGUCUGGUGGUAUGCCACAGAAUAAUGGUAUUGUUAUGAAUGGUGGAAAUGAUCAACAGCAGCAUCCUCAAUUUAUUGGACAACCGACAAGUAUGUAUAUGCAAACGACGAAUACUAUGAAUCGAUUGGCUAAUACUACAUUUAUUCCAAGUGAUUUAACUAGUUUAAAUGGAAUGAGUCCUGAAUAUGCCAGUGCAUCGAUAUUUGGUUUUACACCGCCACCAUCAGAUCUUUCAGAUGGAACAUCAAUUCAUUGUUUAGAGAAUAAUAAUAAUACUACUCAUACUACUCAUACUAAUACUACUACUAAUCUUCCAUCAUCAAAUUAUUAUCGUCCAAUCAUAUCAAAAUUUGAUAAUAAUUCAAAUUAUCCAAUAUUAUCUGCGUUAACAUUGAAUUCAAUGUCAAAUUUUCAUAAUACACCACCACCACAGUUGAAUAAUUUAUUAUCAAGUAUUGGAGGACAACAAGUUUAUGAUUUACAUACAAGAAUGCAUAUUCAUCCUAAUGAUACUAUCAAUCAUCAUAACAAUAAUAAUGAACAAUUUUAUUCAUCAACUGUCAAUCAAUCAACACCAACAGGAUUUCUGUUUCUGCCACGUUCACAAAUUGAAAAUAUUGGCGGAACUGCAGGUGGAGGAGGAAAUACCACAAUGAAUCGAAUGUCUUCUACUAAUCAAUUUCCACAAUUUAAUCCUAUGAAUAUGACUAAUAAUAGUAAUAAUAAUGGUAUUGAUUUAUAUAAUAUCUAUCAAACAAAUGGCAUCAAUUUACCUAUUCAAUCUAAUAUGCAAUUACCACUUAUACAACAACAGCAACAGCAACUACAACAACCAGCUGAAUAUAAUAAAUUUAUCAAACAAUCAACGGAUGAUGUUAGCCAUCAUCCUACAGCAACAACAACAACAGCAUGGCAAUCCAAUAAACGACUCUCACUUAUGAUUAACUCACAAACAACAACCACAGGUCAACAAAUAUCACCAUUAUCAAUAGUUGAACAACAAUGUUUAAACAAUUUGAAUACUUCAUGGACUGGGACUAUAAAUAAUCACAAUCAUACUACUAAUAAUCAUAGAAUCACAAAUACGACAGACACAAAUCCAAUGGACACAAUGAAUACAAAUUAUUUUCUUCCUAUUAUGAAUAAUAAUCAUUCAACAACUACAUUGAGUAAUAAUAAUACUACUCAUACUACUACUAAUAAUAAUGAUAGUAGUAUUAAUAAUAAUAAUCACAAUGAUGAACAACAAAUUACACAGCCGUAUUAUUUUACAAACCAACAACAACAACAGCAUCAGCAGCAACAAUUCGUUUAUCCUUCUUUUCCUCUGCCACCUCCAAGACAACUUACUUCAAUCAAUUCUGAGGUAUCAUCACCUGUCACAACGACGACAACACCGACAACAACAACAACACCUGCCACACCAGUGACGCCAUCCAAUGAAUCGCAUAGUAGUAGUCCAGUAGAUGCAGUACCUGUUGCAACCACAACAACCACACCUACAACACCACUAACACCGACAUCGACCGAAUCUGGUGUUGCCGCUGCUGCUGCUGAUGGAAAUGAAUGUGGCAGCAGUGAUGAUGAUUAUACACUGAUUUCUGAACAUAAAUUAUCUCAUCCUCCUGUAUCAUUUUAUUCAGUCUGUUUAUAAACAAACCCCAACACCAAUCACGACC